UAUUCCGUGAAGGGAGACUGCUGCUGGAGGGAGCAGCCAAAGACGAAUGGGAUUCCAGAAAACUCUUCGAACUCAGCAAUAACGCUAGCACAACCAUUGGCAACCGUUCCGACCUGAGCAACAAAUCAACGAUUCAUUUCUUUCCUUUACCUUCCUUUCCGAUCCAUUUUUCACAUCCUUCGUCUUCAUCGCCUUCACGCUGGUCGGACCUUGGCAACCGGCCAGAGUUGAGGUCAGCGCUGGUAGGACGCUUCAUUCUCCGCCAUGUCUCCGCAAGGCGCUCUCCGUCCCGUUCUCCCGCAGGAGAUAUGGUGGCUUGUUGCGCAGGAGCUCGCACGCAGGCGCGACUUGAAGGGCCUCUUUCGUUUCGCCCUCGUGAGCAAGGGCACGGCAAGAUCGGCCUUGCCGCUGCUCUACGCUAUCGCCUCAAAGGAUAGUGGCCGCAUCAAGGCAUUCCUGAGUCUAUGGCGAUCUAUCAUCGCCUCAAGCCUUGGCGCAACCCUCUUUCCGUAUUGCUGCUGGCUCAAGUCUCUGAAGCUCAACAUUCUCCACAGAAAUCUGGAGCGGCUUGCGCGGGACCGCGACAGUACUAUUUCCCGGGCUCAGUUUUUUGCCCCGCCGCUGGAGAAGCUGGAGAUUGUGCUGGGGCCGGACCAGCACUCGAUGUUGACGCUGUGGUAAUCCAGAUCGCUAGCAUGCUCACAGAGCACAUCCGAGCCUCGGUCGACCGGGAGGACAAGCGAGCCAGCAUCACCAGCCUCACACUCCUCCCCAGAAUGACCACCAAGAAUCUGUCAAAGUGGCUGCUGCCCCUUUCUCGCCUGAGCUCACUCUGCGUUGCCGAUAGCACCGUGCUGAACCACGACCUGGCUUGCGUUAUCCGAGCCAACUGUCCGGCGUUCAGGGAGCUGACAUGCACAUCUUAUACUGGAGACCUCUUUGAUAGGAACCUGGCCACCUUCAUCAGGGGUCUUAAAACCAACACACUAAGAUCUCUCACUGUCUCCCCCCACCUAUUGGAGACAACUUCGAUUGGCGGACAGUCUUUGACAGCGUUGUCUAAGCACUCCCGCUCCUUGAACACGCUUCACGUAUGGGGCCUCCAACUGCCCGGCUUCAGGUCAUUGCAUGUGUUGCGUGACUGCGUCCGCCUGAAGUCAUUGCGCCUCGGAACCACGCACCACUUCGAGGAUUAUUCCUGGCAAACAACAUGCGGGUCCGUCAUCCGGGAAGUGGUUCUGUGGCUACAAAACUGUACGGCUCUCAAGGAUUUGUACUUCGAUCGCCUCCCAGCCUCCCUCGUGGUUCUGAGAGAGGUCCUCAGAUCAGCCAACGUCCGCCUGAAAAGGCUCUCUCUCCUGGCGGCCCGCCCCGAGGUACUGGACAGGGAAUUCUUCGACUCCCUCUCCUACCAGACUGAACUUCAGCGUCUCGAUAUCGUGUUCCGCCAGGCCGACUUCGCGGAGAUUGAUAAGGCGGAUCGGCCCAUCUUUGUGGACGCUAUUUCCCGCUGCCGCUACCUGCGCCGCCUCUGCGUCAACGAGGCGUUUACCUUAGGCAACAUCAUCUGUCUCAGUAUCACCCUGCCGUUUCUGGAGUACUUCAUGCUGGACGGAUGCCUCGUCAACGACAUAUCCCUGGCCACCCUUUCGCGGCUGUUGAGGCUGAAGACGCUCCUCGUCACUGGACGCUGGGCAGUCACGCCAGCCGGAGUUUGGAAUUUUCUGGACGAGCUUGAAAGGCGCCAGGGCGGCGAACACGAUGGGCUGAUUAUUGUUUUUGCAGCCCGUCCGGAAACCCCCAAAUUCACAGAUGAGGAGGUUUCCGACUUGAAUGCGGCGGUAUCUCGCCGUUUCAAGGGGGGAAGGUUUGUGAUUACCGAAAGGCACCUCCCAACCCUUUCUGGAUUAAGUGACAUAUUGGAGCCAGCUUCCUAGGGAAGGCUGAUUACAUAGCUGCGAUACUGGUAUUCGAGAGAAGUUGGAGUUCCACGCUUCAGCUCAGAUACCCUAUGGUCUUCCGGACAACUCCAACUUACACCCCCUACCAAUCUCCUCUUCGGUCUUGAUGAUGGGCUGUACCGUCCAGAUGCCUCUUGAGUUUGCUUCGUGAUCUCGGUUUAUCAAGGGAGUUGCAAUGAUCCAUACACGCAACGUGAUCCUGAAUAUACAGGUAGGAGAAAGCAUUCACAAGGGAAAAGGAUGGUAUAAUGCAAAGUAACUAGCUGGAGAUGAGGCAUGCUCCGACAGUCAGACAACCCACAAACACGCCCGCUAACUCAUAUGCGCCAAAAAAAAAAAAAAAAAAAAAAAAAAAAA